CUUGUGCCCGCCCUGGGCUGGAGUCCAGCCCCUGAGGUCCUUACCAUGGUGAUGAUUCUGAGGAAAAGUCUCAGCAACCGGGGAGCAGACUCCAGAGUGUGCAGAACCUUCAGCCCUGAGCCGCACACGCCUGGGAAGAUGAGUCAAGGACCCACCCUUUUCUCUUGUGGAGUUAUGGAAAAUGACAGAUGGCGAGACCUGGACAGGAAGUGCCCACUGCAGAUUGACCAACCAAGCGCUAGCCUCUGGGAGUGCCUGCCGGAGAAGUGUCAGGACGGUGCCCUGUGGCACAGGGAGGCGGUGACCGCCUGUGCGGUGACCAGCCUGAUCCAGGACCUCAGCAUCAGUGACCACAGCGGGAGCCCCUCGGCACCCCCCAGUAAGCGCCAGUGCCGCUCCCUGUCCUUCUCUGAUGAGCUGUCCAGCUGCCGGACGUCGUGGCGGCCCCUGGGGUCCAAAGUGUGGACUCCUGUGGAGAAGAGGCGCUGCUACAGUGGGGGCAGCGUGCAGCGCUAUGCCAGCAGCUUCAGCACCAUGCACAGGAGCUCCAGCUUCAGCCUCCCAGCCCGGGCCAACACACUCCCUGCCCCCUUCCACCAGGCCGCACUGCACCUCCAAUUCGGGGGGCAGCCCUGCCAGGGGGCACCAGGCCCGGCCACCCGUGGACAGGCGGGAGAUCUCUGGGGCCCCGAUCCGACCCCUGUGGUGGGGGAUCGGCUUGACAUGCAGCGGUCCCUGUCCUGCUCCCAUGAGCAGUUCUCCUUCUCGGAAUACUGCCCCCCCUCGGCCAGCAGCACUCCGGCCUCGACUCCGGAGCUGGUGAGACGCUCCAGUGGCCUCUCCCGCAGCCGCUCGCAGCCCUGCGUUCUCAACGACAAGAAGGUUGGCGUCAAACGGCGGCGGCCCGAAGAGACCCAGGAACAGAGGCCUUCCCUUGACCUGGCCAAGAUGGCACAGAACUGUCAGACCUUCAGCAGCCUCAGCUGCCUGAGUGCCGGGAUGGAGGACUGUGGCCCCCCCAGCCCCUUCACCCUCCACACCAGCAGCACUCGCUCCUGGACCACCUUGCUCUCGGCCUCCUCUGCCAGCACUGGGGGCAGGACCCCAGCCGGGACCCCGAUCCUCGAGCCACCGCCCCAUUCGUUCAACGACCACCUUGCCAGCAAAGAGGAGCUGUCCUGCGAGGAGGCAGAUGGUGGCUGUACCCUGGAUGAGGACUGCGGCCGGGGGGAAGAGCCAUCCUUGGCCUGGCGGGACCGCGGGGCAGCGGGAAGAGGCCUCUGCUCCCUGGAUGGCGAGUUGGACAUUGAGCAGAUAGAGAACAACUGA